AUGGGAUUCAUGUAUAUUAUUGCUGAAGUUCUUGGUGCCAUUUUGGGAUAUGGUGCACUGGUUGCAUUAACACCAACAAAAUACUUCCAAUCAGAUCCAGGAGAAAAUGGAUUAUGCAUCACGAAUUUACAUCCAUCAGUUUCUGUCGUGCAAGGAUUUUUCAUCGAGUUUAUCAUCACUUCCGUUCUAGCCUUUUUUGUUUGCAGCAUAUGGGAUCCAAGGAAUAAGGAUAAAGGAGAUUCUGCUUCAUUAAAGCUGGGUUUAGCAGUUGCUGCUUUAUGUUUUGCCGCUGCACCAGCAACCGUUGCUUCUAUGAAUCCAGCAAGAAGUAUAGGACCGGCAGUUUGGAAUAAUGAAUGGGAAAAUCAUUGGGUUUACUGGACUGCAACAAUGUCUGGAUCAUUGUUUUCGUCCUAUUUUUAUAGAAUUGUAUUUUGGAAGGAUCCUGAACAAGAGUCUACAGAAUUGUGA